ACCCCUAUGUUACUCCCUCCUCCUCCUCCUCCGCCGCGUCCGGCCACUCGCUCAGUUCCCACUCCACGCUCCAAGCUGUGGCCUCGCUGUCCUGCGAGAGGCAGCCAGCCCCGCGGCUGCGGCGCGCACACGCGCGCCCCUCUUCUCGCGCAUCCGGCUCUCCCCACUCGCGCGCAUCUCGCGCACGGACACGCGUUCGUUGCCCCUCGCGCGCUCGCGUCUCGGCAGCGGCGGCGGCGGCAGGCGGAUCGCGCAGGGCAGCACCGUAGCGGCCGCCGCGGGCUGGCCAGCUGGCCAUGGAGGCAGAUGGGGCCGGCGAGCAGAUGAGACCGCUACUCACCCGGGUAACGAGCAGGGGUCCUGAUGAAGAAGCUGUUGUGGAUCUUGGCAAAACCAGCUCAACUGUAAACACCAAGUUUGAAAAAGAAGAACUAGAAAGUCAUCGAGCUGUAUAUAUUGGUGUUCAUGUCCCGUUUAGUAAAGAGAGUCGUCGCCGUCACAAGCAUCGUGGGCACAAGCAUCACCACCGGAGAAGAAAAGAUAAAGAAUCAGAUAAAGAAGAUGGACGGGAAUCUCCUUCUUAUGACACACCGUCCCAGAGAGUUCAGUUCAUCCUCGGUACUGAAGAUGAUGAUGAGGAGCACAUCCCCCAUGAUCUCUUCACGGAAAUGGAUGAACUAUGUUAUAGAGAUGGGGAAGAGUACGAAUGGAAAGAAACUGCCAGAUGGCUGAAAUUUGAAGAGGAUGUUGAAGACGGCGGUGACCGAUGGAGUAAACCUUAUGUGGCAACUCUGUCUUUGCACAGUCUUUUUGAGCUAAGAAGUUGCAUCCUAAAUGGAACAGUCAUGCUGGAUAUGAGAGCAAGCACUCUAGAUGAAAUAGCAGAUAUGGUAUUGGACAACAUGAUAGCCUCUGGCCAAUUGGAUGAGUCCAUUAGAGAGAAUGUCAGAGAAGCACUUCUGAAGAGACAUCAUCAUCAGAAUGAGAAAAGAUUCACCAGUCGGAUUCCCCUUGUUCGAUCUUUUGCAGAUAUAGGCAAGAAACAUUCUGACCCUCACUUGCUUGAAAGGAAUGGGGAAGGCCUUUCAGCCUCCCGCCAUUCUUUGCGAACAGGUCUGUCUGCCUCCAACCUUUCAUUGAGAGGAGAAUCACCUUUAUCUCUUCUUCUCAGUCAUCUUCUUCCUUCUUCAAGAGCUGGAACCCCUGCAGGCUCGAGGUGUACAACCCCUGUACCCACCCCUCAAAACAGUCCUCCUUCCAGCCCUAGCAUCAGUCGCCUGACCUCCAGAACUUCCCAGCAGAGUCAGCUUCAGGCCCCAGCACUGCUGGUUUCUCCUGCCAGUGAUGAUAUUCCCACAGUAGUAAUUCAUCCGCCUGAGGAAGACUUAGAAGCGCUGGAAGGCCAGGAGCAGAAGAAUGAGGAAAAUGUUGACAUAACUCCAGGUGUCUUAGCCUCUCCACAGUCUGCACCUGGAAACUUGGACACUGGUAAAAGUGGAGAGACCAAAGGUAAUGGAAGUGGAGGCAGCAGAGAAAAUAGUACUGUAGACUUCAGCAAGGAGUCUGCCUCCUGGCACUGUAGUUGUGGCACACUGGGUGUGGGACUCAAGAGGCCCGCUGUUGAUAUGAAUUUCAUGAGGAAAAUUCCUUCGGGAGCCGAGGCGUCCAAUGUUCUGGUGGGAGAAGUAGACUUUUUGGAAAGACCUAUAAUUGCGUUUGUGAGACUGGCCCCUGCUGUGCUCCUCUCAGGGUUGACUGAGGUCCCUGUCCCUACCAGGUUUUUAUUUCUGUUAUUGGGUCCAGCAGGCAAGGCACCACAGUACCAUGAAAUUGGGAGAUCAAUAGCCACUCUCAUGACGGAUGAGAUAUUUCAUGAUGUGGCUUAUAAAGCAAAAGACAGAAAUGACCUCUUAUCUGGAAUUGAUGAAUUUUUAGAUCAAGUAACUGUCCUACCUCCAGGAGAGUGGGAUCCUUCUAUACGCAUUGAGCCACCAAAAAGUGUUCCUUCUCAGGAAAAGAGAAAGAUUCCUGUGUUUCCCAAUGGGUCCGCCCCCAGCUCGGGUGAGAUUCUUAAAGACGCUGCUCAUCACGCCGGGCCUGAGCUACAGAGGACUGGAAGGCUUUUUGGUGGUUUGAUACUUGACAUCAAAAGGAAAGCACCUUUUUUCUUGAGUGACUUCAAGGAUGCAUUAAGCCUGCAGUGCCUGGCCUCGAUUCUUUUCCUAUACUGUGCCUGUAUGUCUCCUGUAAUCACUUUUGGAGGGCUGCUUGGAGAAGCUACAGAAGGCAGAAUAAGUGCAAUAGAAUCUCUUUUCGGAGCAUCACUAACUGGGAUUGCCUAUUCGUUGUUUGCUGGGCAACCUUUAACAAUAUUGGGGAGUACAGGCCCAGUUUUAGUGUUUGAAAAAAUUUUAUUUAAAUUCUGCAGAGAUUAUCAGCUUUCCUAUAUGUCUUUAAGAACCAGUAUUGGGCUGUGGACUUCUUUCUUGUGCAUUGUUUUGGUUGCAACAGAUGCCAGCAGCCUUGUGUGUUACAUCACUCGAUUUACAGAGGAGGCAUUCGCGGCUCUCAUUUGCAUCAUAUUCAUCUAUGAGGCUUUGGAGAAGCUCUUUCACUUGGGAGAAAUAUAUGCAUUUAAUAUGCACAACAAUUUAGAUAAACUGACCAGCUACUCAUGUGUAUGCAUUGAACCUCCUAACCCUAGCAAUGAAACUCUGAACAUGUGGAAGAAAAAUAAUAUAACAGAACAUGACAUCACCUGGGGGAAUCUCACUGUUUCUGAAUGUAAAGCCUUUCAUGGUGCAUUUGUAGGAUCAGCUUGUGGUCUUCAUGGGCCUUAUAUUCCAGAUGUGCUCUUUUGGUGUGUUAUCUUAUUUUUCACAACAUUUUUUCUGUCUUCAUUCCUCAAGCAAUUUAAGACCAAGCGCUAUUUUCCUACCAAGGUGCGAUCGACAAUCAGUGACUUUGCUAUAUUUCUCACAAUACUAAUAAUGGUUGCAAUUGACUACCUUGUAGGAGUUCCAUCUCCUAAACUUCACGUUCCUGAAAAAUUUGAGCCUACUGAUCCAAAUAGGGGCUGGAUCAUAAGCCCAUUGGGAGAAAAUCCUUGGUGGACUUUAUUAAUAGCUGCUAUUCCGGCUCUGCUUUGUACCAUCCUCAUCUUUAUGGAUCAACAAAUUACAGCUGUAAUUAUAAACAGAAAGGAGCACAAACUGAAGAAAGGCGCUGGCUAUCACCUUGACUUGCUUGUGGUUGGUGUUAUGUUGGGAGUUUGCUCUAUCAUGGGGCUCCCAUGGUUUGUGGCGGCAACCGUGUUGUCCAUAAGUCAUGUCAACAGCUUAAAACUUGAAUCUGAAUGCUCUGCUCCAGGGGAACAGCCCAAGUUUUUGGGAAUUCGUGAACAGCGGGUCACAGGGCUAAUAAUUUUUAUUCUAAUGGGCCUGUCUGUGUUCAUGACUUCAGUACUAAAGUUUAUUCCAAUGCCUGUUCUAUAUGGUGUUUUCCUUUAUAUGGGAGUUUCCUCAUUAAAAGGAAUCCAGUUUUUUGACCGUAUAAAAUUAUUUGGAAUGCCUGCUAAGCAUCAGCCUGAUCUGAUAUACCUCCGAUAUGUGCCACUCUGGAAGGUCCAUAUUUUCACAGUCAUUCAGCUCACUUGUCUGGUUCUUCUGUGGGUGAUAAAAGCUUCAGCUGCUGCAGUAGUUUUUCCCAUGAUGGUUCUUGCAUUGGUCUUUAUACGUAAACUCAUGGAUCUGUGUUUCACAAAGAGAGAACUUAGCUGGCUUGAUGAUCUCAUGCCAGAAAGUAAGAAAAAGAAGGAAGAUGACAAAAAGAAAAAAGAGAAAGAGGAAGCUGAACGAAUGCUUCAAGCUGAUGAUACGGUGCAUCUUCCGUUUGAAGGGGGAAGUCUCUUGCAAAUUCCCGUGAAGGCCCUAAAAUAUAGUGUUGAUCCCUCAGUUGUUAACAUAUCAGAUGAAAUGGCCAAAACUGCACAGUGGAAGGCACUUGCCAUGAAUACUGAGAAUGCCAAAGUAACCAGAUCUAACACGAGCCCUGAAAAACCUGUGAGUGUGAAAAUAAAUAUCGAAGAUGAAUCAACAAAGAAAUACAUGGAUGCCGAAACUUCAUUAUAGAAUUGAGCCAAGAGGAAUUUUAUAUAUAGAUAUACAGAUACAUAUAUAUAUGUAUAUAUACAUAUACAUAUAUAUAUGUAAAAUGUGUAUUUCAUGUCACUAUACAUAACAAUAUUGUACAUCAUGCUAUUUAUGCGUGACCACUGGGUUUUUUAAGUAGUGUCUGAAGUUUGUUAGGAGCGCCAUGGAAACUGUGUAUAUAAUGAAAUGGUCUUUUCGAAGUGAGGUACAUGGUUCUUGCUAUUCAAAUAUUUAUUCUGUUGAAAACAUUUUUUCUGUUCUGAAAUAGAAAGAUGUGGGGAAAUGCAUUCAAUCACUUUGAAUCUGUGCGUUCAUCAGCGACAAUUCAUACCAACCUUAAGUGAUAUAUACUUUGUUCAUAUAUUUAUAAUUUUAACUUGAGUUUCUAAAAACUUUCACAUAUUAUUUCACUUCUAUUAGUACUUUGUGGUAAGAACAGGGAGUCUUUAUGCCAAUGCUGUGGGACAAAUGAUAGCAUGUCAUGGCUUUCCUUUGUGUGGGUUUCAUUUAUGUAUAAUAGAUGUCCAUCGGCUUUAAUAAGUGAUGGAAAUUUUUUAGCUACAGAGGUAGAACAAUGGAAACUUUCUAGAUAAGAACUAUAGUUUUGACCUUUUUGUUUAAAAAUUUGUUUUAAAUCUUAAAACCUCCACAUCUAAGUUUCCAUUCAGACGGACAAGUAAAAUUGCAGAUGAUUUUAUAAUUUAACACCCAUACCAGUCAUAAUUUUGUGAAUUUUAGAAGCUAUAAAAUGCCAAUUUACAAUAGUUAAAUUUUGUUGCCUUUGUAGAAAUUUUUUCUGAAAUCUAAUACUUUAUUAAGAGUCCAGAAUGCCUACUCUGUUAUCUGCCUUGCUGUCUUUUACUUAAAAUGUGGUUUAGUUUGUAUCAGGUUCAAGUUUUUGAUUAUUUUUCUAUUAGUACGAUUUAGAAAGUAGUAAGAUUUAAUAAUCAGGAGUCAGAAUUCUCUUAAAUGGGUUUGUGAUCAGUAUUACUUUAUUCUAUUAAGAAUUACCUUCAUUUUCUAUUUACGAUAUUCUUUCUAUUGUAUAGAUAAUAUUUAAUAGAUUGUAUCUGUGAUUUCAUUUUAAAAUAUUUUAUUUAUUUUAAUUGAUGCAAUGCUUAAAUAUUAUAUAAACAUUUGAAGAGGUAACAAAUAUAAAGUAAAUUGUUCAUGUGAAUAGUUGGUGCUCACUUGCAUUUAUGGUUUAUUAUCUGAAAGCAGUUGACAGAUUUUACAUCUUUGAUAUAAAGCACUGCCAUAUUUGUAUUUUAAAAGGAAUUUAGACAUUUUAUGUAUAGCUCAGAUUGAUGGCAUUCUUUCUAUUUUGUGUUAAUAUUUGUUAUUUAGCUUUUGCUUUUCUGAGCUGUCUUUAACUUCUAGCAACAUUUUUAGUCAUCUUUUAUAUACUCUUAGCUCCACAUGAAAUAAAUAAACGUUGUUCUUGUUAAGCCUGUAGGACUGGAUAUAUGGGGUUGUGAAACUAAUUUGGCAAGAGGAUAAUUUAAUAGAAAUGAAAUGAAUAUUGAGAAGCCACAGAAAUAUUGACAGUAGUGACCAUGGAUAUUAGGAUGAAAAUUUCAGUGCUCCCUAUAAUCAUUUAUAAUUAAAGUACAAAAGUAUGAAGAAUUGUUUUAAUAGAGGAUUGUGAGAAAUGACAAACACUGGUAUUUUAGCAAUUCUGGUGUUUUUAAUCCGUUCUAAACUAUGUAAUAAUUAAUGUAAUUUCCCCAUCUGAGACUGUAUUUUCAGACUCUAGUUCAAAUAACAGAUUCAACUUCUGUCUCAGAUGGGAGGUUACAACUGUAGCUACUUUUACUUAGAAAAUAAUGCUGGCAUCGUCUGGUACUGCCGAAGAAAAGAGUUAGACUCUAUUGGCCUUUGAUAAUAGAGUAUUUCCAUGGUGCUUGUUACUAUUUAUGAGCUUCCAUUGAAGUGAUUCCUUUUUAUUCAUAGCAGCAUAAUCAUUUCCAAAGACCACAGUAUUUGCUGCUAUAUUUUGUAAACUCCCCUGAUGUACCUCAACAGGAGGAUUUCCUCACAUCAUUUCCUUGUGUCUGGACAUCAUAGGGAUUAACAAAUGUGCUUAAUUUUUAGGAAGUGAUUUUAAAAUUUAAACUGAAAACUACCUGAGAUCAUAGUGUUUCUGUGAUUUUAUUUAAUUAUGUAUAGUAAUUGUCCAGUGCCAGAAAAAGCAUUACUUGCAAAAUACGUUGCACUCAAAAUGUUUUUAGUAUGUUUUUAAUUGUGAAUGGUUUCUGCUUUCUUUGACUACUUGACAUACAAAAUGAUUUCAUAUGACUACUCCAUUGAAGAGCAAAGGUAACUGAUGUUUAAGUAAUUAACUGCUUGUUGUAUGUGGUUAUGAUAUUAUUCCACUGUUUUCAAAAAAUAACAAUCAUGCAUAAUAUUCAUUGCAAGACAGUGAAACAUAUAAUUUACUACAUAUAUUGAUUUUUUAAAUAUUGCCUUAAAUAGGUGGAAAAGAGCAGUAGUAAUUGCUGUGUACUGAUUUACCUCAAGGUGCAAAAGAAUCAAACCUGUACAUAUUCCAUUUGCAAAAUAAAUUCAUAUAAACAGCCCUGCACUUUCUUAGAUGCCUUGGUUUCCAGAAUGGAGCUUAGUGCUACUGAAUACCCUGGCCACAGUGCCACCUCAGGAUAUUCUUCUCUCCACCCAAUUUUAUUUAUUUAUAGAUGUCUGUUUACAAAGACUAGAAGAAAUCCCGAUGUUGACCAUCUGAAAUUUACUUUUUUUUUAAUGCUAUUUCACUUUAAGAUAGCAGCUUUUGAGGAAACAAUGAACUAACUUCCUUAUGAUAAAAGGAUGAUUCUGUAUUUCUCUAAUAAUAAGACAUAUGAUGAAGUGAAGCACACAAACUUUCUAAUGGGUGUGUGUAUGUGUGUGUCUGUGUGUGUGUCUGUGUGUCUGUUUAAAUGAUUUAUGAAAUCGUAAAUCUCUUAAGUUUAAAAAAGCUGUGGAGUAUCAAUGUCCACAUUUGCCAAGUCUGUAAAAAAUGGACAACAUUUUUUAUGUGCGAAUGCAUGUAUUUAUAAAGCAGAUUUUGUUACUAUUCAGAAUUAACUUUUGCUUUUUUUCAUCCAAAACACAUUUCUGUUUUUUCCACAUACUUAAAAUGUAUGUAUGUAUAUAAUAGCUUUCUAACUUUUUUGCUUUUGCAAAGACAGUUUCAAAAUUCUGUAAAAAGAAAAAUGGUUUCUGAAACUGAGGUAUGACACCAGAGCUUGCUGUUUUUUAAGGAUUAUAUCAUGUACAUCAGUUCUAUAAAUGUGCUCCACAAUUUUACAUGUGAAUCCUGUUUUAAAGUGCUCAGAUUUCAGACAUGUAUGCCAUUGAUAUAACAUUGUAAUUAAAAAAUGUUUAAUGUUUUAAAUUUAUUUAUGUAGAUCACAUCAUUGUUAUCAUAUGCAGUUCAAAUAUGUGAAGUGUCUUGGUUUAGUCCAACAAUUAUUUAUUUUUUAGAAAGUAAACUUAAAGACUUUAAGGACAUUCAAAAUCUAAAAUAGUUUCAAAAUUCAGCAAUUUGGCAAUUUGAAUGUAAAGUUGGUUCUUUUUUUAACUUUGCAAAAAGUAAUAUAAGUAUCAAUAAUAGGAAAAUCUAGUUGGAAAUGGAAUCAUCUAAAGAUCAUUGAAAAAAAUUAAUUAGCACAUAUUGAAUUCUACAAUUAACUUAGAAAAAUUAUUAAACCCUAGUUGUUUUUUUAAUCAGAUUUUUGUGCAUUGAUUGUUGUGGCUUUUUUUUGUUGCUUUAAUAUUAAAUUUUUUUGUUUUGUAGGGGAGGUUAUUUUCCCAGUGUGUACUAUGUUUAAGUAAAUAGAAAUUGAAUUUUGUUCAUUUAUAUAAUAUUUGAUAGGUUGGUAUAUAAUUUUACAGUACAGUUCUAAUUUUUAUGACUUUUAUAAUUACAAUGACAAUAUUUUCUUUUGUAAUAAAAUCCAAAGUAAAUUAAACAUUUAAAACAGAACUGAUAUUUUUCAUUUAUAUGGAGUACAAGUCUCUACCAAGUCUAUAAUGUGAAUGAUCCUACCUUUCAAAUUUGUUCAUAAUUGUUAGAAGAAAACUAUAUUUUGGAGAUGUUACUGAAGUUGAAAGAGCAAUAAAAGUCUACUGAAUUAGUUGUUGGA